ACGUUCCGACUCGGAACUUCUAUUUUACCAACUCUCGAGCUCAGAUUAUUAAUCGCGCGGAAGGCCAUAGCCAGGGUUAGUGUGAGCAACCCUCCAUGUAAAAUCUAGGGUUCGUCGUCUCCGCAGCUUCCAUGGAUGUUGUGAUUGUGGCGGUCGCGGGUGCUUGUGUUGUCAUUGCGGCAACUUGCAUUGCAACCAUGCUCAUCAUCAACCUCCUCACCAAGAGCGUCAUCACCAUGGCUUCUUCAACCAGGGGAGCAGCGAAGGAGGAUCUACAGGCUCUCCGUGGAGCUCUCAAGGAGGAUCUGCAGGCUCUCCGUGGAGUUCUCAAGGCGGACCUUCCCAGCCUCAGGCAGGUGAUACAGGAUUUUGGUGCCUUGAGGGAGGAACUGAGGAUGCUGCGAGAUGCUCUGCGAGCUGAGGCAGCCCAGGGCCAAGCUAAUCCGUGGUGUGCAAACCGCACAGAAGUGGCGCUGCUGCUGCUGACCAUGUUCAGUGAUCGGUAGUUGAUUCAUAGAAAGCUCGACAAAACUAUUUUGUUUUUCGACAGGGAAAAAGCUUCUGAUUCGGAUCUUCGUUUUCUCGAAAUAAAAUGACUCAUGUCUUGAGCUUCUGAUAGUGAACUAUUCAUUCAGCAGACCCGGAUUUCACUGGGUACACUUCAAUUGCUUUGUGUGAUAAUGGAACACGAUUCAAUCAAAGCUUUCAAGCUUCUGUCUUCAACGGGUUCAUGCAGCUUAGCUGACGGCUCGUGCAGACUCACCGGACCUGAAACAUGGAGAGCUGAACGAGGAGAUCGAGGUGAUCUCCAUUUCCUUAUCAUGCAUUUCCUGAGUCGCGGCCCUUGCGAGAGAGCCACUGGCCAGCUCUGGAACGAGUUCCUACAGCACAAGUUCUUGCCCCGGAGGUACCAUGAAUUUUUCUCCAGGAAUGGGACGCCCACCGCUGAUGAAAAUGACGAUGUUUGUCGUUCCCACUCCGCGACGCGCAAGUUGCCGAGGUGUAAGAACGUUGACAACAAGCUCUUGCAGCAACUGCUUGUUCGCGUGAUGCGAAAGUUCCCAAGCAGACGUUCCUCCCCUUUCGGGAUCAGGAGCAUUCUCGCUUUUGGAAUCGGAGCAAAGAAAUGCUACAAGUAUCUCUACGAAGCGAAUAGACCAAUGCAUUGGCAAGCUGACCAAGUUCAUGCUCUCGAACUUGGUGGUGGAUUUGCAAUGCAUCGCAGUAGAAAAUAGGCUUCGCCUUCGUAGCUGCGGAGGUUUGGACUAUGCAAGAACCUGGCUGGCUGGCUGGUUUCGAUUACUGUGCUUAAAAACCUGGCUUUUUUGUGGGAGAUAGCCGAUUUGUCUUGGGGAUUACCAGAUGGUGUUCCGGUUGCAACACUUCGUGACCACGUAACGGCCAUCAAGUUUAAGACGGAACCUCUGUCAAUUCACGUGUCUACAUGCCGAAGCCGGAUGUCGAGCCCGAAUCUGCAGGAGCUGAGAAUGGAGCACAGGAUACGAAUCAGAUUCAGUUCUGUGUGUUUAAUGCAGAUGGAUCAUAUUUCGUCACUGGGAAUUCGGACAAGCUUGCCAGGGUUUGGGGCGCAAGAAGUUAACUACGUGCAGUUCAGGUUCGCGUCUUUGUUGACAUCAAUCGUCCUUUGUUCCAGUGGUUGUGCAGAGCCAAUCAAAGUUUCUUCCGUCGACUUUUUCAAGGAUGACAAGAUUGCCGAGACUUACGUGCCAGAUGUACAUCCAUGCAAUCCUCAUAUUGCAAUGAGUCCGGGCUACGAUGGCAGAGAUACUGUCUGGGAUAUCUGGCAGGGCCAUCCAGUAAGAACAUAUGAGACUGGAGAUUAUAAUCUUGUCGAUGACAAUUUUCACCGGAUGGAACCUCGUUGGUAGUCAAGACGACGAAGGUGCGUAAUACGAUCAGGUAAAUAAAAUGAUGAAACUCGGUUGCCUCCUCAUCAAAGGAAUCUUCAAGAUCUCUUGUGCGAUGCAAGCUUGAUUCCCUAUCCAGAACCUUAUCAAAGCUCGUACCAGCAACGUCGUCUGGGACUCCUAGGUUGCUACUGGCAACCACCAUCAGUUCAGCUCGCAGUGGGAACGUUUGAUGAUCCAGCUUUCAUUCCUCAGGAUAAGCCUCAGUUUCUUCUCUGCAAGCGAUUGAGCAAACAAACGAGCAAGGCAACAGAUGGGUAGAACAACCGGCGGAGAGCUUUCUUCGCUCGCGCAGUAGUCAGAACCAGACUCGUCACUCAAGCCGGUGACUUCUUUAUCCCAGUUUCUUGAGUGACGAGGAUGGAAAUGAAGAAAGUGGUACGAUCUGUGAAUCGGAAACAACCGACAAAGAAAAUGACGAAUUAGAUUCUGAAGUGGUUCGUACCCGAAGAAGGAGAAAGAUACUUGCGACCUUGGUCAGGAAGCAAAAGCGCUGGCGCUUGGAGGAGUCAUACAAUGCACUUUUGAUGCCGAUGAGGAAACUAAAGUCUAUAUUGAGGUCUGAUAAGAAAGUCAAACACGGACCAUGCAUUGAGGCCUAUGAGGAUGGCAGCUCGGAAUGCCUUGACCAUGUUUUCGAGCUUACAUGAGUACGAAGACGACGGAGCACGCCACCUGGCCGCUGAGGAUGCCAAAAGACCUGGUACAUCUGGAGAGAACGAGAACCAGAGGCUUCUACGCAACGGGAAAGUUCUUACAAAAACUCAGGAACGUGAAGACGAUGAACCUCCGAAGAAGAGUCCCGCAGAGACUUCGGACGUGGGUGAAUGCAGGCGGCCAAGGUCUCAGCGAAAGUUAGUACUCAAGUUGAGAAACUGUGCACAAACGUCCAACAACGAGGAUACUUUUCGGAGCCUCGAAAUACCAGAACAAGGCACUUCUAAGGUCCCCGUGGCCGAGGCUAAUGACAGUCAUCCAGAAACAGAUGGUUUUAUCGCGGACGAGAAUCCCACUGAAGCUGUUUCGUCUGACGACAAACAGGGAUACAUAUGGAAGAAGGGGAAAGCAGCCAAGCGUGCUGGCAUGCCUUAUCACAGCAGCAGCAGCUCCGAAGAGGAUAAACUGGUAGACGUUCCUUGUGAUACCAAGAAAGGCCUUGAAGCGACUCGUGUAGAAAAUGGAGACACAAAGGUGGUGGCAAGGGCGAUCAUUAGCGAGUCCGAGUCGGAGAAGUCUCUUUCAGCUGACUACCUUGACGAACAGCAGAGACGAGAGCAGAAUCACACUCUUAUGAGCAACGAGUCCUUACAGAAUGGAGAAGCUCCAGAUGCUGACAAUGACCCUGAUUACCACGAAGAGGUUUCACCAGGCAGUAACAGUGAGUCGCUGGAGGAUGCUUACAAGCCCGAGGAAGAGCAGGCAAGUGAGGACCUGGACGUGGACGAUAUACAAAUGAAGCGCAAUAUGAACAAGGCCGUCUACUCAAGGAGAAGGCCUCGCAAAGUUGCGACUAAGACCGAGUGUUAUGAGGCCGACGAGCACGCUUCAGGUGGCCGCAGGAGAAGUACACGGCUGGCGCAGGGUCGCGUGGUUAGUCUCUCCAACAGCAGGUCCACAAGAAGCAGGAGAAACGUCGCCGUCCUUCACACUGGGAAGCUAGCUCGUCUUACGACGACUCGGACUGGGAUAGAAGCAGCGACGACGAUGGACGCCGAAAGCCCGAAAGAAGAACUUCGAGCAGACUGAAAGUGAAGCUGCAGAAGAACGUUGGGUCGAGGUACAAGGAUUUCCACGCGAGGAGAAACCUCAGCACGGUGCAUCGGAGUCCGAGCAACGUGUCCUGGUUACUCUUGACAGAGGUGGAGCGGACGCGCUACAUCCCACAGUAUGAUGAUGAGGUGGUGUACUUCCGACAGGGACAUCAAGACUACUUAGACAACAAGCGGCUCGACGACGAUGGUCCCUGGAGAAGCGUGAAAAGGGAACUGCAAGCGGUCGAGUUCUGCGAGAUCACCGGACUGGAGUACAUCAUUCUCGAAGUGUCGGGGAACACUUGUUGCCGGCUGACUCUCAAGUUCAUGGACGGGUACAGGAUUCGCGGCAGCAGCUUCAGUGUCGACUUGCCGGAGUUGACAGACUUCGCCGACUUUAUAGUGGAGAGAAGCCGCUACGAGGCCUCCAUGGCCAGGAAGUGAUCCAGUCGGGACAAGUGCCAAGUGUGGUGGAGGUCGGACGAGGAAGAAGGUGGUCGCUGGUGGGAAGGGACGAUAACUCAGGUGAAGGGAAAGUCGCCCGAGUUUCCAAACAGCCCCUGGGACAGCAUCAGUGUGCUGUACAAGGACGAGCCAUCGACGACGAACCACUGCCCCUGGGAGCUUCACGACGUUGAGAAUCCUUUAACUUGGGAGUCGCCACAGAUCGAGCAGGACAAGGUGCGUGAGCUGCUCGACAUUGUGGACGAGGUGCUCCACUCGAACCAAUCCAAGGACGAGUAUGGCUUGUGGAGGUUGCAGCAGGCCGUGAGCAAGCCGGAUUUUCUUG